AUGGCAUUGACUAGUGGUAACGAUUUCUUGGAACGGUCAGCUGGAGCUAAAUUUUCGCUAUUACCGUAUUUACCAAUACGCAAUCUGUUUUGUGGCUCUGUAGGCGGCAGCGUUGGUAAAUCUGAUGGUGAAGUGGAAUUUGGUUCUAUUAAAUAUUUCCUCUUAUGUGGUCUGGGUGGGGUAAUCUCAUGUGGUAUUACACAUACAGCUAUUGUCCCACUUGAUCUUGUCAAAUGUCGAAUACAGGUAAAUCCUGAAAAAUAUAAAGGAAUUAUACAAGGCUUCCGGAUUACAGUGGAAGAAGAAGGAUUUCGUGCUUUGGCGAAGGGAUGGGCACCAACAUUAGUUGGUUAUUCUCUCCAAGGACUGGGAAAAUUCGGUUUUUACGAGAUGUUUAAGAUUUUCUAUAGUGAUAUGCUGGGUGAGGAAUUGUCAUAUCAGUGGCGUACAAGUUUGUAUUUGGGUGCAUCUGCGUCUGCAGAAUUUUUCGCCGAUAUGUUAUUGGCACCAAUGGAAGCUACGAAGGUUCGCGUGCAGACAUCUGUAGGUGCUCCGCCAACGCUUCGAGGUUGUACACCAAUGAUAUACAGAAAUGAAGGAAUGACAGGCUUUUACAAAGGUCUUCCACCACUUUGGAUGCGCCAAAUACCUUACACCAUGAUGAAAUUUGCCUGUUUUGAACGUACAGUGGAAGUAUUAUACAAGUAUGUGGUGCCCAAACCACGUUCCGAGUGCACGAAGCAAGAACAGUUGGUAGUCACGUUUGUGGCGGGAUAUAUUGCUGGUGUGUUCUGUGCCAUUGUUUCUCAUCCAGCGGACACAAUUGUUAGCAAACUAAACCAAGACUCUGGCUCUUCCGCGGGUGCAGUCGCUAGAAAAUUGGGUUUCAUGGGUCUCUGGAAAGGACUUUUACCUCGCAUUAUAAUGAUAGGAACACUUACGGCAUUACAGUGGUUUAUCUAUGAUUCCGUGAAAGUGUAUUUUAAAUUGCCACGUCCACCACCACCAGAAAUGCCGCUUUCGUUACGCAAAAAGCUGGAAGCAGCUGGAAAAUUAUAG